GUGAGAUUGAGGGUAAGAAAUAUGAAAGGAUGUUAGGCCGAAAGUGUGCGGAAGAAGGAAGCUGAGAAUAGUGACUCUGAGACAGGCUCUGUGUGGAGACAGAUUUACACCUCGAAAAAACAGAAUGAACAAAUGAAAAUAAGUACAAUGGAGUGAAAGCAGAGUUGGUAACCAAAAAAAAUUCAUAAAUCGAAAUAAUAGCAAAACGACAGGAAGUGAGGAAAAGACAACUGAACUUUGCUUCAGAAAUCAGAGAGAUGAGAAAACGCUGUGUGGGCACUCUUCUGAUCCUUGCCCUGCUACAAACAGGCAUUGUUAACUGUAGGAUCUCUGUCUAUCGUGUCCGAGAUGGAGACCGCCUGUCUAUCACCUGUCGCAUUGUGGAAAAGAACAACAACGUUACCCAGAUCAACUGGGAGAUGAUCAAAAGUUUGAACCACACCACCACCAGAGUGAAACUGGGUACCUUCCAUCCUGAAUACGGUAUCCACUUGGCCAGAGAGUACAACAAGACCGUGAAGAUCCAGGGUGAUGUCUUUGACCACAGUUCCACCGUGCACCUGACAGGUGACGCUAUGUAUGAGGACAGCCAGUUCUGCUGUAUAUUUCAUACCUUUCCUGCAGGAAGGCUGGAGAAGUGUGCAGACAGAGGGGAGUGGGUGGAAGCCCAGGAGUCAGAAGAUGUUCAUGAAAAUAGGCCAGUGGUUCAGUGGGCCCUGCUGGUAGGCGGCUGCACCAUCUGUUUCUUCAGUGUCUCCCUCUCUCUCUACUUCUGCUGGAAGUACUGCUGCAGACACUGCUGUGGAAGGAGGCGGGUAUUCAAGGUGGAGACUUGUCUAACAGAUCAACACACAGACACAGAGAGGAUCACAGAGGAGCAGCCCCAUCACGCCCCCUUGCCUCCACCUCCUGUCACCCAGCCCCAGGGUUUCGACCCCUCAAAGCUGUAUGCUAAGAUUAAGCUAGACCUGCUGUAUGGACGGCUGUGGAAGGCCUACAACGGGGCGACUAGGGCUUGGGGCUCCUCAACACAGCAGGACCCACAGCACCAAAGAUCAAAGCAAGGGGAAGGGCCAGGGCCACAAAAGGUCUACUCCCUUCUCGGGGAACAUCGGGGAUCACAGAUUAAAGAACCAGAAGAACCGGUUCUGAAAUUAGAACCUCAAUCAGCAACAGAUCUAGAACAUCACAUGGAAGCAGAAGCAGAACAGCAACCCACUCAGGAAGGAAGCGAGAAACCAACGCAUGAAACUGAUCCAUUCCCUAUGCAUGCUCCUGAUCCUGGGACACAGUAAGAGGAUUUGGUGUUGGACACAUAAGGGAGGUUGUGUGAGUGUGUGUGUAUUUGUGGUGCGUUUGCAUGUGUUUGUGUGUUGGGUUGAAUUAUGUCUUGUUUAUGUAUUAAAUAACCUUGACCUCUCUAGGUUAGUUACCCAUCAAUACAAUCAAACUAUACCAGCUCAUUGUCCUAUUGGGGAAUAGACUGUGAGGGGAUACAUGUUCUUAAAGUAGUCAAUAGAGCUGGUAUAGCAAACUGUUGUAUUAUUGUGUUGAACAAUGUAAUGAAUGGAAAAUAAUUGCAAUAGAAAAUCUGUUGAAAUUAUUGUUUGUAUAUCUGUGGAUUUGUGGUUGCAAUUUCUGUAGCCUCAAUCCUUUUUAAUGUAAUUCCAAGAGGCAAGAGGCCUAGAUUAUGAAGCAAUAUCUGUAUUUCUGUAAUAUGUUGCAACAAUAAUGUAAUAUGAUUUUAAAAAUUCAUAAACUUUACUAAAAAGGAUAGUUCCGGAUUUUGGCAAUGAAAUUGUUAAUUUACUUCUCCAGUCACAUGAACUUAUUUCUUUUAGUCGUUUAUUGUAGUUUUGCUAACCAAUGCUGACUAGCGUUAGCACAAUGACUGAAUGUCUAGCAAAAAUAUGCUUGCUGUUUCAAUACACUUCCAGGCAUUUUGUUAUCACUAUAAGCAAUUUUGCUAAUGGAUAAAUGCAACUAAAUUCUAAACUGUAUGCAGAGAUAAGAAACUGGUUUCCACAAUUUCAUCAUAAUGAGUAGAUAAGGGCCUAAAUGCUGAAAUCCUCAAUGAUCCCUUCAAGCAUAUAGUUUCAUAUUUUUAUUUUGUACUAAUAUUAAUCCGUUAUGGGCAAAAAAGAUAAAUUACAAUUAUAACAUUUCCUAGAAAUCAAUAUACCUAGGGUCAACUAUACCAGACCAUUUUCCUAUGUAUUGUAUUUAACUGAAAUGUAACUGAAAUUUAACUGUUUUUUGUAUUUUUUUCUGCUUUUGCAAGAAUCUUCCUUUACCUCAACAUUUUCAGUAGGAAUAUAUAUACUUGUUAUGAAUGUAAUACAUCGUUAUUCAUGUACUUUCGUUGAUUCCACUAAUUGGAAAUUGCUCUGGAUACUAAAUAACAAAAAUGCUAA